UUGAGCAUGGAUGAAAACUGAAUUCGCUACGAAUAAUUAAUAUUUGUGUCGAGUCGAUAAACUUGACAUCAAUAUUUCGUCGUUGAAACUUUACGAAAGACAUUUUGCAUGUGAGAGAAAUAUCCAAGGUGUAUCCGAGAAUCAUCCGGUUCCUUCAAUAAUCGGAUGCAUGAGGACCUACCGAAACGCAGUUCGCGAAUCCCUUAAAGAAUUUACGGAAACAAGAUACAGAUCAUUGGACGGGAGUGUCCGAGAAAGAUUUCGACGCAACGCGGGCUUGCGAUUUCAUGAAAACAUCGAGCCGGCGAGCAUUUUUAUCGUUGAUUGUUAAUUGAAUGUAAAUCAACUUAACGGUGCUUGCUUUUCCUUCGAACGAUACGAUAUAAGCAAGGAUUUCGAUUUAGGUUUCGACAAUUGUUGUCAAGCCUGAACCGGCAAGGCUGGGGACAAUGUGCGAUCGAUGUACAUGCGUACGUACACGCAUACAUAAAUAAAUCUCGACAUUCCCGUAUACAGCGAAAACAUACAAAUGAAGAGGAUUUUGAUAAGCAAUCGAUUCAAGGUUCACGAAAAGUGGGGACAUUGAUAUUUGAUCUUAGCGCGUGUACGCCAAGCACGAUACGUGCCUGGUGAUCUCGUUGCGCGCACAACGUUGGAGGGAGCCAUAUCGGUGACUCAGCAUAUACGGACGGAACGACGGCAUAGUCGUCAGCCAUGCUAGCGACAUCAUACCGAAAUUUCACGCGCAACGUAUCGAUCCGUUCACACGCCGAUCUCUUCGCAACCUUUCGAAAUGGUUGCAAACGAUUAUCUUCCGCAUCCGAGAGUCGAGAGGGACAGUGCCGCAGGCUCGAUCUGGACCGAUUUCAAGCCUCAAGUAGAGGGUCUCGAUCGAAAGAGAUUCACCGUGGUCGCGUGGGAUCCGGUCGGUUAUGGAAAAUCGAGACCACCGGACAGAACGUUUCCGGACGAUUUCUUUGAACGCGACGCUACUCAUGCUCGCGAUCUAAUGAUACUUCUGGGAUACCAGAAAUUCUCGCUGAUAGGCUGGAGCGACGGUGGAAUUACUUCGUUGAUCCUGGCCUCUAAGUUUCCCGAAAACGUCCGAAAACUGGUGUCCGUUGCGGCCAACAGUUACGUGACACCGGAGGAAGUUGAAUUUUACAACAAAAUCAGAAGCAUCGACACUUGGUCGGAGAAGAUGCGAGCACCGAUGAUAGCGAUCUACGGAGAAGAAUAUUUUUCAAAAGUAUGGUCCGGCUGGGUCGACGCUAUCACAAGGAUUUCGAAGAAAACGAACGGCAAUCUGUGCAAGGAAUUACUUGCAAAUAUCAAAUGUCCGACUCUGAUAGUCCAAGGGAAGAAAGACGUAAUGGUCGACGACGAACAUCCGCUCUAUUUGAAAGAACACAUCGCCGGAGCAAAGUUGGAAAUGUUCGAGAACGGAGCGCACAAUCUACACAUGCGAUACCCUAAAGAAUUCAACGAUCUCGUCACAGACUUUCUCAUCGAGUAACCAUCGACCCCCCUCAUCGGUGAAAUAAAAUAUACUUAACGAAUCGGAUCACACUGUGUACGUUACCUGUGUCUCUUUUCGUACAAGCGGUUCGCGCGGAUACGUUGGUAGACCGUAUCGACGGGUCGUGCGAGUGUCGUGUAAAAAUCGGUCAAGACUUCUUAUCGAGUACGUUACUCUCUGGUAAUGUUCGUUCUACGGUGAAGCACAUUGAAUGCAUGACGCAGCAUAGAGGACACACGUGGGCUAACCGGCACCGGAAUCGAGCCAGAGAAAGGAGCCACGGUACCAUGUGGGCGAUCAAGUCUUCUUCUAGAUUCGCUUUGUUCGACAACACCUUCCGAAAAUCUCUUUCGCUCCUGCUUUGACGCGUGAACGUAAUCAUUGACGCGUUUCCCUUGAACGCGACAAUGUCGCCUGAUCCGGUGCUGCACGAUAGUUAUCGAGAGACUAGCAAGCCAUUCGUGCCGAUAUAGUUUUCCCGAUUCGAGCUAAGCGGAAGACGAACCGGCGACUAGACUAUAAAAUAGCACGAUCUACACGGGCAUCGAGGACCGCCCAUCCGAAAUAUCCGCAAUGCGCUUCGGACGAAAAUCGAUCCGCACCCUCGCUCGACUCGGCUACGCCCCGAAACCUAUGCCAGCACACGAAACUACCGUACUACG